AUGGCGCUGCCAAGACGGAGGUGCUUGCCGCCUUCCAUGUGGAAAGGGCAGCGUCGCAGGGAGGAUCUGGCAGUUCACGAUUCCCACGUCAGCAGCAGCGUGUGCACGGCGCGUGCCCCGCGGCUCGCCACUUGGACGUCGCGCGUGCACCGGCCAUCCAACCUCUUCACCGCAUUCCACGCUGUCUCGCUCUUUGCACCACCCACGCUAGCUGCUGGCGGUGAUGUUGGUGGUAGUGUUGCUAUUGGUGAGGGUAGUGGCGGCGCUGCUGCUGCUGGUGUUGUGCGUGUCGCGUUGGCCGCGGGGAGGGGACAGUGGGGGGGAGCUCGCAGUGGUCGUUUUCCGCCUGCUGCCAUCGCACAGGAUCGCCCACAGCAGCCAACCCCACAAGGGCAGAGCAUGUGGCACAUUUUGGAGCAGGCGCAGGGAGUGGUGAGAGAAGCAGAUGGAAGCUGCACAGGGUCAGCGGGGGAGAUUGCUUUCGCAGAGCUGAUGCGAAUGGCGCAGGAGGAGCGGGGUGCGGUGAUGAGAGCGGGAGUGUGUGGUGGAGACGCAUGGGCGGAAGUGGUGGAGGUGGAUUCGCAGCUGACGGCGCGUUCCCGUCCGUUCCCCCGCGCCCGUCUCACUCCGUCAGCGCAACCCACCAACGACUACACAUCCCUACCUUGGUCGCCUCUUCCGCACUCUGUACACAUCUGUCCUCCUCCCUCUGCUGCUUAUGUCUCCUUCCUCCCCUGCUUCUCUGUUCCCCUCCCUCCCCUGGUUGUGGUAUUGCCGUAUACAUACAGCAUGAGCCACCAGCUCCUGCACUGCAGCCCGCCUGCUCUCCUGCUCCUUCGUUACCCUUUCAAUUUCCACAUCAGCCCUUCAUCACGCCAUGGCUCUCGGAUUACGCGCGUUGGCACUGACAGCGUGUUGGUGGCCACGUGGCAUCACCUGCCAGAGACGCCCAGGCAGGAAGAGCAGCUGAGGCGAGGCAAGGAGGUAGAAGAGGCAAGCGGCGACGCCAGGAGCAUCCUGGCGAAGAUGAGCCACGAGAUCCGACCGGAUGGAGUUGCUGAAGCGGGAGGAGCAGCUAAGGUGAGGCAAGGAGGCAGCAGAGGUGGUAAGCGAGGCCAAGAGGAUCGUGCCAAGCGAGGCCACGGGUUCCGCAUUUCCUUAAAAUGCGUGCUAGCAGUACGCUCCAACCUACUUCCCUCUCUCCCUCGCAAACCCUUCCCUUUGCUGCACAGGCAGCACCUUGCCUCGGCUGCACGAGUUGUGAGAAGCCAACGCAUGUCUAUGACACACAGGAGCCAAGGGCUGCUGCAGCAGCCCCUUCUUGCCAUUCACUCCUUUGAUGAUCCAAGCGUCCCUCCCCAUCUCAUCUCCUCCUCUGCUUAUCUUCACCUUCCGAUCUCCUCCCCCAUCAUACCAACCAAGCAGCGGAUUACAGCCAUUGCACCUUCGGAUAACCCGCUCCCUCCAUCCCACAUCGGCUACACCAGGACAACCUGCUCUCCCUCAAGUUCCCUCUCAAUGCCUCAUUCGCCCUCAAGCAUAACACUUGACCCAUCUGAGCCCUCCACGCCGGCUGCUGCCACUGCUGCUACAACAGCCGCUACAACAGCCGAGCCCUCCACGCCGGCUGUUGUAGCAGCAGCGGCAGCAGCGGUGACGAGAAAGGCAUAA